GGUGAUGAUUAUGAUUACUUCACUUCAUGGUCUCGGUGUCUCGCCGAGAGAAAAUGGGAAGAGAUCAACAACAAUAGUUCUAGGCCUAGCAGAGAGCGAAAUAUUUCGGCUCGAAUCAGGCUGGAGCAAGACUAUCUUCAUUUUAUAACUGAGUUUAGGAAAGUAUUACUCUCAAGUAAAUUGCAGGGCAGUGGUUGUGACUUUGCAUUUACCAAGCACUAACAGUAGCCAACAAAAAUGUCGGACGAUGAGUUCAUGUGUGGAGAUGACGAGGAGGAAUACGACUUGGUUUACUCAGAAGAAAGUAAUUCAGAACCUGAUGUGGACCUUGAAAAUCAGUACUACAAUUCCAAAGCUCUGAAAGAAGAUGACCCGAAAGCAGCUCUUGAGAGUUUUCAGAAGGUGCUGGAACUGGAAGGAAAAGAAAAAGGAGAAUGGGGCUUCAAGGCACUCAAGCAAAUGAUCAAGAUCAACUUCCGUUUGGGAAAUUAUGAUGAAAUGAUGGUGCGUUACAAGUUACUGCUAACGUACAUCAAGUCUGCUGUGACACGGAACUAUUCAGAGAAGUCUAUCAACUCCAUUCUGGAUUACAUUUCUACAUCUAAACAGAUGGAACUCCUCCAGGAUUUCUACGAGACUACGCUCGAUGCCCUGAAAGAAGCAAAGAACGAACGCCUGUGGUUCAAGACAAAUACAAAGUUAGGCAAAUUGUACUACGACAGGGGAGAUUAUCCACGACUGCAGCGCAUUCUGAAACAGCUCCAUCAGUCUUGUCAGACAGAUGAUGGCGCAGAUGAUCUGAAAAAGGGGACUCAGUUGUUGGAGAUCUAUGCUUUGGAAAUUCAGAUGUACACAGCUCAGAAAAAUAACAAGAAGUUAAAGGCCUUGUAUGAGCAGUCCUUGCACAUAAAGUCUGCCAUUCCACAUCCUCUCAUCAUGGGCGUCAUCAGAGAAUGUGGAGGCAAAAUGCAUCUUCGUGAAGGGGAGUAUGAGAAGGCCCACACAGAUUUCUUUGAAGCUUUCAAAAACUAUGAUGAGUCAGGAAGUCCAAGACGGACCACUUGUCUCAAGUAUUUGGUUUUGGCCAAUAUGUUGAUGAAGUCUGGAAUAAACCCAUUUGACUCCCAGGAAACAAAGCCUUACAAGAAUGAUCCUGAAAUUUUGGCAAUGACAAAUUUAGUCAGUGCAUAUCAGAACAAUGACAUCAACGACUUCGAGAAAAUUUUGAAGACAAACAGGCAAAACAUAAUGGAGGAUCCUUUCAUUCGGGAGCAUAUAGAAGAUUUACUGCGAAACAUCCGCACUCAGGUUCUGAUUAAACUUAUCAAGCCUUAUACCCGGAUACACAUACCGUUCAUUUCCAGGGAGCUCAACAUCGAUGCUUUGGAGGUUGAAAACUUACUGGUGUCUUGUAUUCUUGACAGUUCUGUGAAUGGAAGAAUAGACCAAGUUAAUCAAGUGCUAGAAUUGGACAGAGAGUCGAGAGGGACUGCCCGGUACAAUGCCAUCGAUAAGUGGACUUCCCAAGUCCAGUCUCUUCACCACGCUGUUGUGAACAAGAUUUUGAAAUAGACUGGCAGUGACUGAAAGUGCAUGAUAAAGAGGAUGAUUUCAGGGGAUGCUUAUUAGUAUGACAUUGUUGAGUGUAUGAUAAAAGAUGUUCUGUGCUUUUCGUAAUCCUUUAUGAUCUGUUCUGGAAAACUGCAAGUCAUUUCUGUCAGUGGUUUGUGAACACAAUGUUACACUUUUGGUUGUUGUAGUGAACAGCCUUCAUUUCCUGAUAAAAACACCCGUGAGCUUGUGAAAUUUGUUUUGUUUUGAAUAAAUGGUUUUCAUUAAAAUACUCUUGUAUUAUGUUAUUUGGUCAUUGUUUUUUCUGUGGAAGGCACUGGGUUUUUUUCGUAUGAACUGUUAAGAUGCCUUCAAUGGAAGACUGUGUUUGUUUAUAUUGAAGAGGGGAUUCUAGAGCUUCUUUUUUUUAGAAUGACUUUGUGAGCACAGAGCUGAAUCCUUUUUGAAUGCCCACUUGAUAUGUACAUUGUAAAUAAAUCCUGGCUUUCAAACCAGUACGAAUGGUCA